AUGCCUGAACAAACUCACAUUCCUCAUGUACUUUGGGCUCAACAACGUGAAACUGUUCUUUUAACAAUUGCUGUGCCUGAUAUUGAAAAAGUUGAUGUUAAAUUUGAAGAAAAUUCAGUUAGUUUUCAUGGACAAACAACAUCGAGUAACGCUAAAGAUACAAACGUUUAUGCUGUUAAAAUAGAUUUAUAUGAAAAAAUUGAUCCUAAUGCUUGUAAAUAUGAAAAUAUUGGUCAAAAAUAUUGGCGUUUAUUAUUAAAGAAGAAAGAUACAACUGCUAUAUUUUGGCCACGAUUAACAAAAGAUAAAGCACGUUUACAUUGGUUACAAACUGAUUUUAAUCAUUGGAAAGAUGAAGAUGAAAGUGAUGAAGAAAAACCAGGAUUUGGUGGAAAUUUUCAAGAUAUGUUCUCUGGAGGCAUGGGUGGAAUGGGUGGUAUGGGUGGUAUGGACGAUAUGCCAGGUAUGGGUGAUGAUUCUGAUGAUGAAGAAGGUGCUUCAGAUGAUCACGAACCAUCAUCAAUGGCUACUGAAAGUAAUACCAAUGCUGAAAAUAAACAAGAAUCAAGUACACCUAAUAAAGAACAAGAUGAUGAUGAAAAUUCAGCUGCAAAAACAAAAACAGCCGUUCAAGAAUCGGCCACGAAUGAACAAAUGGCAUAG